CUCCCGCGUACCUUCAACGAUGCGCAAAACGGUCGAAAUACAGCAGACACUUUUGACAGUUUUUGAAUUGUUCAAGAGCUCGGCAAAUGCUAAGUGCUCUAAGAGCACUAAGCGUUUUGUAGAUGCUCAGUCGGUCCAGGUGCCAACCUGGACUGGCACCGUCCAAGGACCCAACAGCUAAUCACCAAGGUGUUACAUAUUAUACUCCGGCAGGUUUGGUGAGUAGGAAGUAGUGUCACAUCUGAAUUGCUUUUUGGCCACUUCACAACGGAGAAUGCAACGUGUUGGCAUGGCGGCAAGGGGCAUUCCCCGUCGUUCCUUGCCCUGAAAAACGCGUUCCUCCGCUGCGCUCGACGGUCUUCGAGUUUUUACUUCCAUCUUUUCUUCGUGAACCUUUGCAGCAACCUAACUGACCGUCGGAGUACCGACUUCAACAACAAUGUCGACCAUGCCUCCUGAAGUGCCACGGGAGUCGACAGACACCUUCCGCGGUUAUUACCCAACUGAUCCCUCCGGGAUCCAGUCCCAAUCGGCUUCUAUCGUCAAUACACUCCUUGCAACAACGAUAUUUCGGUGCUGGCACAUCCUAUUGUUCUUCGGGGCAUGGUCUGCGAUGAUCUGUUCGGUCAAUCAACAUGUCCAUAAUCUAGCUUUCCAGCCGACGUUACUUACUGUGUUUGGUACGGUACUCGGUUUCAUUAUUUCGUAUCGCACGACGUCGUCCUUUGAGAGAUACAAUGAAGGCAGGAGGCUUUGGUCCCAGAUUGUAUUUGCAAGCCGGACGUUUGCUAGGACCGUUUGGUUCCAUGUUCCCGAUAACGCAAUGCCAGACGUCCCGAACUUCACUGAAGAAGAACAAAAGUCCCGCACACUCAUCGAGAAAAAGACUAUUGUCAAUCUCCUCGAAGCCUAUGCCGUUGCAGUCAAGCACUAUUUGCGAGGCGAAGACGGGAUAAAAUACGUCGACCUAUGGCCGCUUGUGAAGUUCUUGCCACCGUAUUACUUGCCAGCUACGAUACCCUCUCAUGUGGAUCUGCCAGCUGAGCUGGGCACGGUUGUGGAGGAUCAAGGUGGGCAUGCGCAGGAACAUCAUCAUCCACGACGGAGCCAGGACGCACCCGCCUCCCCAAGAUCGACGCAUUUUCCGGACCCCCUGCUGACACCCAGGAGGCCAAGAGCUGCCAGCUCCGCAUCGCAACAUCUUCCACUGCCAUCCACGACACCGGGUGCUAGACCAUCUACUCCCAGUACGCCAUUGAUACAGGAGAACGGUCUCCCACUGAACGGUGACGAAGAGAGGAAGAAAUCCAAAUCCUUUGACGGCAUGCGAGAGAAGAAAGUUAGUACUGCGCCCAGUGGAGCAUGGACGGCGGAUGAAUUCUACCUCAAGCCUGCCGAAAUGCCGCCCAAGUAUUCCGUGUUUGACUUUUUUCCAUUCUCCCUGCUAGUCAAGAUGCUGACGAAGAAGGGAAAAAACGUUCAGGGGAGGAAGGCUGCGAGAGUUCGGGCUACCAUGACCAGAAGUGCAAUCAGGAAUGGGAACUCGCAUCUGCACUACAAUGUACCAUUGGCGAUAUCAUUGUAUCUGAGUUCGUAUAUCGCAGCGCUGCAGAAUCGCAAGGCCGAUGUAGAUACACCGACCAUCGCCCUGCUGUACGCUACACUCAACCAGCUUGUGGACGCUCUCACUGCACUCGAGAGGAUCCUGACGACGCCUCUCCCUUUUUCGUAAUACCCUGGAGUUCAAUCUUAGGUCUUCGGUAUUGACAACAUGAUUUACAGGUAUUCCACUCACUUGUGGCUUGUAACGGUGAUUUACUGCUUGGCAUUGCCAUUCCAGCUUUGGAGUACCCUCGAGUGGCUGACCGUUCCUGCGACCGUUCUAGCG